GCCAAUAACAACCAGCCAUAACAACAAUCAAUCGAGAUCAGUUCCUUCAUAAUAAGUUUAGAAAUUCAGUAGGAACGAUAGAGAUGCCUAACAUUAAAGUAUUUUCUGGAAGUAGUCAUAUCGACUUGGCUCAAAGGAUUGUCGAUCGAUUGGGCAUUGAUCUCGGCAAAGUAGUGACCAAAAAGUUCUCUAAUUUGGAAACAUGUGUGGAAAUAGGCGAAUCUGUUCGUGGUGAAGAUGUGUAUAUCGUGCAAUCGGGUUCAGGGGAGAUAAAUGACAAUUUGAUGGAACUUUUAAUCAUGAUAAAUGCGUGUAAGAUUGCUUCCGCAUCAAGAGUGACAGCUGUGAUUCCAUGCUUUCCUUACGCUCGUCAAGAUAAGAAGGAUAAGAGUCGUGCUCCGAUUUCAGCAAAAUUAGUUGCUAACAUGCUCUCCGUCGCAGGCGCUGAUCAUAUCAUUACUAUGGAUCUUCAUGCUUCUCAAAUACAGGGAUUUUUUGAUAUUCCGGUCGAUAAUCUUUAUGCGGAACCGGCAGUUUUGAAAUGGAUUAAGGAGAAUAUUUCAGAAUGGCGAAAUUCGAUUAUUGUUUCACCAGAUGCUGGUGGUGCUAAGCGUGUGACAUCAAUUGCUGAUAGACUCAAUGUAGAAUUUGCUUUGAUCCAUAAAGAGCGUAAGAAGGCAAAUGAGGUCGCAUCUAUGGUCUUGGUUGGUGAUGUAAAAGACAGAGUUGCUAUAUUGGUUGAUGAUAUGGCCGAUACUUGUGGAACGACAUGUCAUGCUGCUGAGAAACUUAUGGAAGCCGGUGCGACUAAAAUUUAUGCAAUUUUAACUCAUGGGAUCUUUAGUGGACCAGCUAUAUCCAGGAUUAAUAAUGCAUGCUUUGAAGCUGUUGUAGUGACAAAUACUAUUCCACAAGAUGGUCACAUGAAAGACUGUCCAAAAAUUCAAUGUAUCGAUGUUUCGAUGAUGUUUGCAGAAGCAGUUCGUCGAACGCAUAAUGGAGAGAGUGUCAGUUAUCUGUUUAGUAACGUUCCCUAUUAAGAAUGAACAGUUUAUGUCCGAGUUUUUUUUUUUUAAUUAUCUUUCCGCAUUAUUUGCCAUUCUUUUGAUUUUUUGCUUAUAAUUGUAUCAGUUAACAUUAUUAUUAUUCUUUAAAAGAGUUCUUUUUUGAUCUGUAGAUGGGUUAAGUCUGUUAAUAAUUUUUUUCCACACAAAAUAGUCGAGUUGCAGCACUGGUUUAUGCCUCUGUUCACUCGUUUUAUGGGCAGUUAAUUUUUAACGAAAUGAAAAGUUCAAUUUGAAACAAAACUUAAUAAAAUUAUAUCUACCUAGUUAUUACUUUAGAUAAUAAUGAGCAUCUUAUAUGCAUCCAAAAGACGAAAAUUAAUAAAAAAGAAAUUUUUGAAUCUGAA